CACUGAAGGAAUUAUAUAGGAUUACAAUUUAGCUUCUACUUAGCUUAAUGUACAAACGUGAAUAAUGUACAGAAGUUGCCUUACGUGUUUCUUGUUCGUUUGCUUUGCUACAGCAAAGACAGAGCAGGGGAACUUAUGCAUCGAGGAGACUGGAGAAUUUUGUGAUUGGUCAACAGAUCCAGCCGCUCGCUUCCAGUGGCAACACGCAAGAUGUCAAUCGGACCAAUCAGGGAACACAGGUCCUUCUGGUGAUUCGUCUCCAUCCACGUCAGGUUAUUAUUUGCUUGCCGAUGCCUCCGACCACACAUAUGAUAAGCAUAUGAAGAUGAGUUCAAAGUCAUUUUCUUUCAAAAAAGGAGAAACAGACAAGUUCUGUGUAGACUUUCAGUACUUUAUGUACGGCAGAGACAUUGGUAUGCUGAAAUUUGGUUACAUUUUAACUGAACAUGAAACCGACAAGACGCAGAAAACGAUUUGGUAAUCAAAUGAAAAAAAGGCAAACCAAUGGAGAAGAAAGAGGCAAACUAUAAAUUUGUCCGACCUUGGCUAUUCUGGAGUUGUACAGUUCACGUUCACAGCAAAGAUGGGUAAAGGUCAUUACGGAGAUAUUGCGAUUGAUAGCAUAAACAUUACAAACAAAGAUUGCUUGAAUGGCAUUAAAGAGGUUUCAUUCAGAACAUGGCAAGACAAGCAGGCUAGAAACUUUACACUAGAUAUGUUCAUCUUAUAUUUGCAAAUGAUCGAAAAAGAGUAUCCGGAACACACGCCCCGAGAAAUUGCACAUAAGCUACGAAUAGUUGCUGGGUACAAUAGCACUUUCUGGAGGCAAAUGCUUUUUGGCUUUGAGUUUAGCGAUGCUGAUGUCAUUGCACCAUUUAAACACAAAACAAAUUUUGACAAGAAUAUAUUCACGCAGUUGAAUUUGAUGAUGCAACACAGCUCUACAAGUGGAGUGGUGAAAAAUCACGAUGAAAUAAUUGCUAUCGGUCACGUUUUGACUGGUAUAACAGCUGGGUAUGACAGAAAAAUACUAAAACAAUAUAUAAUAAUCACGAUUGAUAACCUGUUUGCAACGACUAUUUCUGGAGAUCUUGGUCAGUCAGCACUACAAAAUUACAAAGAUUCCGGUUCACCAAUUAUUGGCCCAAAGGGGUCCUGGUUAAAUGGAAAAUAUUCUCUAGGCAAUGGAAAAGUUGGUGAAGCAACACAUGCAGAAAUAAUAGGCGACAUUGAUGGUUUUAACCUUGGUCAUCUAGUUACGGAAAACACUUCAAAGCCUUUAAGUGAACACUUGAAGGAGUACUACUGCGAAAAAAGCACCAAUAGGUUCGAUCUUUUCAAGGGUAAAACCACUUACGAAACACUGAGAAAAGAAGUACAAACGUUCAUAUAUGGAUACGCAGUGAAAGUUUUAAAUGUGCCAAAAUUAAAAGUAAUACCUCUUUACAACAAUUUGGGCAAAACUGCAGUCAAUGCGUUCUGUGAGGAGUUCCAACAGCUGGAAGAUUGGUGUAAGAAGGGCUGGUUUUGGGGAUGAUAUCUUACGGAAAGUUCAGUGACACUUUUAUAUAAUUUAUACUCAGCCGUCGGAAAUUUGUUUAGCAUUCAUUGAUCAUUUUUGAAACGAUCUUGAUUUUUAAUGCGUGGUUUGAUAAAUGUGAAAAA